AUGGGAGGGAGGAACCAGACGCAAGUGGUGGAGUUCGUCUUCCUGGGUUUCUCCAGCAUUCCAAACAGCCACAUCUACUUCUUCCUGCCAUUCCUAACCAUUUACUUGGUCACCGUGCUGGGGAACCUCAUGAUAUUUACUCUGAUUCAACUGGAUUCCAGCCUCCGGACCCCCAUGUAUUACUUCCUCAGCCAUCUCUCCUUCCUAGAUAUCUGCAUCUCCUCCGUCACAGUCCCCAAGAUCCUGGUGAACUUCUUGCGCCAGCGUCAGACCAUCUCCUACAACCAGUGCAUGGCCCAGAUGUUCUUCCUGAUCUCUUUCACGGGGACAGAGGCUGGGGUACUGGCUAUCAUGGCCUACGAUCGCUAUGCUGCCAUCUGUAAACCUUUGCAUUACUCCCGCCUCAUGAGCCCGAAGGUGUGCACCAUCCUAGCCUUGGCCAGUUGGAUCUGGGGCGCCCUAGACUCCGCUCUCCAUACAGCGCUCAGCACCACGUUGUCCUUCUGUGGAGUCAACCAGAUCCCUCACAUCUUGUGCGACGUCCCCCCACUGAUAAGAAUUGCUUGCAAUGAUGCACACAUUAAUGAAAUGACAGUCAGCAUAGCCAGCUACUUUGUGGCUGGGGGACCUUUCCUUUUCAUUAUUCUCUCCUACUCCUUAAUUCUGUCCUCCGUCUUGAAGAUGGCAAGUGCUGGGAAGCGCAAAGCUUUUUCCACCUGUGCUUCUCACCUGAUUGUUGUUGUCAUUUACUAUGGAAAUGCGCUAGUUAACUACAACCGUUCCAGCGCAGGGGACUCCCCAGAGAAUUCUACGUGGGUCUCCAUCAUGUAUUGCAUAGUCGCGCCAAUGCUGAACCCCCUCAUCUACAGCCUCCGCAACAAGGAGGUCAAAGGGGCCCUGAAGAAGGUUGUGAGAAGCCAGAAGACGUCUACACAUCACCACGCCACAAGUUAG